UUAUACAAAUGUCGCUUUUGCGGGCUCUGCAGGCUCUGCUAACAAAUCGGUCGAAUGUUUUCAUUGCGUUUGACGUCGGAGUCUCCCAUGCCCGAUCGUGUUUUGGAGUAACAUUACGAAUGAUACGCACGUCAGACUUCUCAUCACAUCAUGUACAUUAAGCAGGUAAUUAUCCAAGGAUUUAAGUCGUAUCGUGAACAGACAGUUGUCGAGCCUUUUGAUCCAAGACACAAUGUAGUGGUUGGCAGAAAUGGUUCUGGAAAGAGUAACUUCUUUUACGCGAUUCAAUUUGUCCUUAGUGAUGAAUUCUCUCACCUCAGACCAGAUCAGAGACAGGGACUGUUGCAUGAAGGAACAGGACCUCGUGUUAUAUCUGCCCAUGUAGAAAUCAUAUUUGAUAAUUCUGAUGGAAGAUUACCGAUCGAUAAAGAUGAAGUUUAUUUAAGGAGAGUAAUCGGCUCCAAGAAGGACCAAUAUUUUCUCAACAAAAAGAUUGUAACAAGGAAUGAUGUAAUGAAUUUAUUAGAGUCGGCAGGAUUUUCUAGGUCUAAUCCAUAUUAUAUUGUAAAGCAAGGAAAGAUAAACCAAAUGGCAACAGCACCAGAUUCGCACAGAUUGAAAUUAUUAAGAGAGGUAGCGGGUACUAGAGUAUAUGAUGAUAGAAGAGAAGAAUCAAAAUCUAUUUUGAAAGAAACAGAAGGAAAACUAGAAAAAAUCGAGGAUUUUCUGCGAACAAUAGAAGAGCGUUUGCAAACACUUGAGGAAGAAAAGGAGGAACUGAAAGAAUAUCAACGUUGGGAUAAACAACGUCGUUGUUUAGAAUAUACUAUCCACGAACGUGAACUUAAAGAAAAUAAAAGAAAAUUAGAAGAGCUCGAGGAGUCUAGAGCGAAUAGUGGAGCCGAGCAGGCAAGAUUAGGUGCCGAAGCUAAAACAGCACAAGAAAUGGUACGUGCUGCUACGAAGAGGCUAAAGGAAGCCAAAAAGGAAGUGCAAACUGCCAAAGAAGAAAGAGACACUCUUAGUGCAGAACAACAGCAAUUGCUGAAAGAAAAGAACAAGUUAACUUUUACUAUUAACGACUUGCUAGAGGAAGUAAAAGGUGAUAAUGACAGCAAGAAACGAGCUCAACAAGAGUUGGAAAAGUUGAAGUCUAAUAUCGCUGCUCGAGAAACCGAGCUAAAGUCUCUUAAGCCAGAGUAUGAACGAAUGAAACGUGUUGAAGAGGAGUGUACACGAGAAUUACAGUUAAAAGAGCAGAAACGUAAAGAAUUAUAUGCUAAACAAGGUCGUGGUAGUCAGUUUACCACUAAGGAUGAAAGAGAUAAGUGGAUACAAAAUGAGCUUAAGCAGCUUACGAAACAGAUAAAGGAUAAAGAAGAGCAUCAAAAAAAAAUUAGCGAAGAUUUAAAACGUGAUGCAGAGAAACAGAUUGCUUUGGAGAAAAAAAUAGGAGAUCAUACACGCGAGAUGGAACAACAACGUGCGUCAAUAGACGAUCAUAACAAGCAAUAUUAUGAGCUUACAAAAUCGAAAGAUCAGUGUCAAGCAACUCGAAAAGAACAGUAUCGGCAGGAGAGUGUAUUGCAAUUAAAUUUAUCUGGUCUAAAGGAGGAUUUAGCGAAAGCAGAUCAAAGUCUAAGAUCCAUGGCUGGCAAACCUAUUUUGAAUGGCAGGGAUAGCGUACGCAAAGUACUAGACACUUUUCGUGGACGAAAAGAUAUGGUUAAUGAAGUGAGCAGCUACUAUGGGCCUGUAAUUGAAAAUUUCAACUGUGACAAGAGCGUCUAUAUGGCAGUUGAAGUAACCGCCGGGAAUAGAUUGUUUCAUCACAUUGUGGAGACCGACAAGUUUGGUACAAAAAUUUUAAAAGAAAUGAACAAUCAACGGUUACCGGGAGAAGUAACUUUUAUGCCACUGAAUAGACUUCACGUAAAGGAUAUUGAUUAUCCGCAGACCUCUGAUGCUAUACCCAUGAUAUCCAAAUUGAAUUAUGAUCCCAAAUUUGAUAAAGCGUUAAGAUAUAUAUUUGGAAAGACUUUGAUCUGUCGUAAUCUGGAAGCAGCAACGACUUUGGCGCGGGAUUCUGGCUUAGAUUGUGUUACGUUAGAAGGAGAUCAAGUUUCAUCCAAAGGCUCCUUAACUGGCGGAUAUUUCAAUACACUCAGGUCUCGGCUUGAGAUACAAAAAACUAGAUCGGAAUUAAUGUCACAAAUUUCUACUCUUGAAACCCAAUUAACGACGCUUAAGGAAGAAAUCAGAAAGGCGGAUCAAAAUAUUAGUUCUUACGUUAGCGAAAUGCAGAGAACUGAAACUAAAAAUAGUAAAGCUAAAGAUAUAUACGACAAAAUGAAAGCAGAAAUACGUCUUAUGAAGGAAGAAUUAAGUGCUAUAGAAAGGUAUCGGACGCCAAAAGAAAAAAGUCUUGCACAAUGUACUUCAAGUUUGGAAGCUAUGCGUGCGACUAAAGAUGGCCUGGAGAGUGAAUUACAUCAAGAACUUAUGGCACAGUUAUCCGUUGCGGAUCAGCAUCAGGUCGAUACUUUAAAUGAUGAUAUCAGACGUUUAACAAAGGAAAACAAAGAAGCGUUCGCAAAACGAAUGCAAUUAGAAGCAGAGAAGAAUAAGUUAGAGAACUUAUUAACGAACAACUUAGUGAGGAGGAAGGACGAGCUAGUUCAAGCUUUACAAGAGAUAUCGGUCGAAGAUCGACAGCGUCAGCUUGAUUCAUCAAAGAUCCAGUUAGCGGAUAUCGAAAAGAGAUUAGUGAAGGUAAACGAGGACUUCAAAGCACAAAAUGAAAAAGUAACCAAUGCCAUGAAGAAACAAAAAUCGGAGUCUGCGGAAGUUGAGAAAUGGAAAUUAAAAGAAAAAGAAGCGCAAGAGAAGAUUGAAGCGGAUGCGAAAGACUUGGAAAAAUUAGCAAGCAAGUUAAAUAUCCUGCAACAGAAAAUAGUAGAGUGUACACAAAAAAUUACUGAACUUGGCGCAUUGCCUAGUCACGAAGCUUAUUCUAAGUUUAGUACAAUGUCCACGAAACAGCUUUUUAAGGAAAUGGAAAAGGCAAAUAAUCAUUUAAAAAAAUAUAGCCAUGUGAAUAAAAAAGCUUUGGAUCAGUUUAUGUCCUUCAGCGAUCAGAAAGAAAGAUUAGUGAAACGGAAAGAAGAACUGGAUCGAGGCGACGAGAAAAUAAAAGAACUCAUGUCAGUACUUGAACAGCGCAAAUGUGAAGCGAUACAAUUUACAUUUAAGCAGGUGAGCAAGUAUUUCAGUGAGGUAUUCAAAAAGCUUGUACCUUCGGGCCAUGCACAAUUGGUUAUGAAGACUGCGGACGGCGAUGAAGGGGAUGAUGGAACAGCGGAGCCAUCAGAUUCUGAUAGAUUUAUAGGCGUAGGUAUAAAGGUGUCAUUCACAGGACAUAGAGGCGAAAUGCGAGAGAUGAAUCAAUUAUCUGGUGGACAAAAAUCACUCGUAGCGUUGGCCCUGAUAUUCGCGAUACAAAAAUGCGAUCCUGCACCGUUUUACUUGUUCGACGAAAUCGAUCAGGCACUAGAUGCACAACACAGAAAGGCAGUAGCAGAUAUGAUCCACGAGCUUAGUUCUGAUGCUCAGUUCAUCACCACAACAUUCAGACCGGAAUUACUGCAUCAUGCAAACAAAUUCUAUGGAGUGAAGUUCAGAAAUAAGGUUUCGCAUGUCGAAUGCGUGACGCGGGAAGAAGCGGCUGAUUUCGUCGAGGACGAUACAACACACGGUUAAAAUAUUCAUAAUUUACAAUCAAGUUUUUUUGCGUAAUUUUAGGAAAUAACACACGUACAAAUGGAUCAACUUUGUUAUAAUUUCCGUUGAGGUUUUCUUCAUAUUGACAGGUUUUUUGAGAUACUUUACGUAUGAAAUCACAUAAAGAGAAAAAAUAAUUUUUU